GAUAAAAUGUGGGUCUGUUUUAAUAUUACAUCCCUCUCCAUUGUGUCCACACAACAUACAAUGACGACGUCACUCGAACCUGGACAUUAACAAUGACCAAUGUAAAUAUGUUUGUCGGGCUGCUGUGGCUGUGGCUACUUUAUCAUGACGUCACCUCGUCCGCAGUCUUGACAUCGGUGGACGAGGUUCUGGCAUCGACGGACGACCUGGAGUUAUCGGAUGAUGACUUUCCUCGCCUACCAUACACUGAAGAGAUCGAGAGGAUUCAUCAGAAAUCGUCAUACUUCGAUAACGAGGACAAAAAGACGAGUAAUGUUGACGAUAUCGUCGCUGGCGUCAUCAAAGAGGCAGAGUUGAACAACCCUGUGGUUCUGAAGUCAUGGCGAGUAAAUCCGCCCCCGACUGACCGCCGGACAGUGGCUGUGGACAGUACGGUGGUCACUUUGUUGGUGGAAGUCCACAGUAAAGGGAUCAGUCCUCAAUUCCAGGUUUACGACCCCACAGGUGCUGUCGUUAACCCGACAGAUGACAGGAACGUGACGAUGGAAGUCGACAGUAACCGUCUGAAAAUCAUGAAGAUCAAACACCCAAUACAAGGGGACUGGGUUGUUAUGUUUCUGUCGAGACAACACGAAUACAACGUUACAAUACGAGGCAGUUCAAUGGUACAGUUCAAGUGUAGAUUUAUGAAUGGUUGGGGGAUCCCACUUUCAGGAAGACCAUUGGUUGGCUCCAACGUGACUCUUCGAAUAGAACUAUUAGGAGACAGGGACGUACAAGUCUUAACGGAAGUGACGUUGAUGACACUAGCUGGAACGACAAUUCUAACGAGACAUCUGGGGAAAGCCACGGGCCGCCGCCACAGGACAUAUACGGCCCAUAUAAGAAUUCCAGGGGAGGACUUUCGUGUCGGCAUCCGGGGACUUGACACACGGUCCAAUGUCAUUGAGCGGACGCUGAUGAACCCCAUACUUCCGGACGGUAUCAAGCUGUCUCUGAAGGCUCUCACACCGGGCACCGUACAGACGGGUGGGUCCUACGUCCUGAAAUACCGAAUCGCUAACGACAGAACAAGGGCAGGCAACUUCACAGUCACGGCACUCUCCGACACACCCUACCUGACGUUUACUGUGACACCAGAUUGUGUAUACGUAGAAGCUGGUGACCACGCGUUUGGCAACGUCACCGUUCACGUGUCUGCAUACGCUGUCUCGGGCACCAAAAGUGACGUCAUCGUUCGUGCAACAAAUACAUCCGGGAACUUCCAAUUCUCCAGCCGGAAAGUGUCUAUCGUGGACCCUCCCAUUGCUGACGACACGCACGCACCGGCUUUUUCCACCACAAAUAUUAUUGAUAACUGCAAUUCUGCCCAGUCAAAUACGUGGGAGGUAAUCUUUCAAGUACAAGACGAUGAGUCUGGGAUACACAAGGUUGAUGUCGAUGACCACACCGUUUCUACUAUCACCAUGGAAACCUUCGAUGAUGGUCAAGCCAAUAUGCCGGUCAAGGGACAUCUAAGUAUACAGUGUUCAAGGAAGCAGGUGACAGUUAUUGUAGACGAUGUGGAAGGAAACGAGGGACGAUUUCUGGUCACACACCAGGCGCCCUCAUCAUCGCUCGCUUCUGGGAAAGGAAAGGCAUCAACGGAGUCACAUAUAACCGCCAUUUUUACGGGUUUUUUAGCUGGGUGUCUACUGCUGAUUAUUUUUGUCACAGUAACUAUACAAUGUAAAAUGAGAUUUACACAGAAAAGAAAUGUGGUUUCUGACACAGACAACAAAGAAUACAAAGAGACUUCACGGAGGAUGGGUAUGCAGACGUUUUGAUGUGCUGCAGAUAUGUAAAGGUCCAGUUUGAAGAAAUAUGAAAUCCUUUACAGUUAUAGUACAAAGGACUAUCCCAUAUCCUGUGUGACGGUAGCACCUUAGUACUAGAAGUGAUAUUUAUCUAAAUAUCUAGGACAAAAGACACGUCUAGGAUAACGACGAUAUUAUAAUACUCAUAAAAGAAAUAUUUAUUUGAAUAUGCAAAUGUUUAGUGUGUUAAUCAAGUCAUGCAAAAAUCCUUAAUGCUCGUUCAACCGUACAAAUACAUUGGAGACGAUCACUUGUAAAAUAAUACCUUCUUGCAAUUGGUUUUGGCGGACCUUUAACAGCGCCUGGUAAACUGCGAAAAGCUGUCAACCUGAUUAUUGCCGGGAUGUAAAUCGACGGCCAAUCGAACACUUUCGGGUCUUCCGACAUGGAUUCCUCCAAAAAAUGUUUCAAUUGUUGUUGCACCAUUGUGUUUGGUAAUGCCUAUUUGGAAUUUGGCAGCCAGAUUGCAGUCUUAAAAUGAAAGUGUCUUUCACAAUGUUUCCCAUUGGACUUUAGUUGCGACUGAAAAUUUUGUUGUCGUGUUUUGUUAAUAUACGACAAAGUAUGUUUUGUUGUGAUACUCAAAUAUGAAAGAUUACAACGCGAAGUUGUCUUUACCAUCAUUAAAGUUGAAAAAGUCAUUCUGUCAAUGUGUCAGUCAGCACCAAUGAGAAAUCUAGCCUAAGACAUUAUCUUUUAGUAUAUAUGUAACCCGAAGUGUUGGUGUAUCCAGGUUUAGUUUAUAAGACUGUAAAAGACUCCAAAAUGCUCAGUUAUUUUUACUCAAUUAUACUGUGAUAUACAUUUGUACACUUAUCUUUGUUGCUUUUUGAUCAAAUUGGAUAUUUUGUUAUUUGCUA